UGGGGGUGAUAGAGGAACUUCUAACUUCGUAUCACGCUAAAUUUUAAACAGGAUGUCUUUAAUCGAACUAGGAAGGAAAGCCAUGCCAUUUGCGUAGGUACCUAGUCUCUUUAUUGAUGAUGUCUGAGCAUCCGUGGUUUCGUUAGUCCCCUCGCUGUAUCCCGAUGGGUGUUUUAUUUUUUAUACGCAUACCAACCUCUCCAGCAAAGUAGCAAACUGUGUCGCUAUACUAUAUGUUUUCCGAUACAAAAUGUGAGGAGAUUUAAUUCAUAAAUUGUUUUUCAAACCGUCGAGACAUAAGCAAGCUUAUGUUACCAGCACCACCGUGUGUACACAUAGCGUGUACUGCAGAGAGAAACCAUGAGAAGCUUAGUUCCUUCAGAGGUGCAGAUGCGACCGAAAACUACGGAAAUAAUGUCACAGACUGCAUAAACAGCCAAUAAAAUAUAUUUAAAUCAGUAAAUACCACGGAACAAGACACUGUCAGUGGAUUGUAGUCUUCUUGGUUUGUGUCAAACAUUAUAGCUACCAUUCUAAAUAUUUUGGUAAUUCAAUCAGGUGAUAACUUCCCAAGCAUUUCUUCAGUAUUUAGAUCUCUCUAUCUCUGGUGAAGUGUUUGAAAAGAUGUCUCGUCUCUGCAAGAAGCACCCCUCUCUCUGCACAAGCAAUCCGCUGACAGACGAGGAGGUGUGCCGAAAGCUCGCCCUGCUCAGGCGCAUCUUCGCGUCCUGUUUCGGUCCCUCGGGCAGACUCAAACAGAUCCACAACAACGUGGGAGGCCAUGUCCUGACCACCUCCACCUCCACGGUGCUGCUGAAAGCGCUCACCCUGUCGCACCCUAUGCUGAAGCUGUUGUCUGCGUCUGUCCUCAACCAUGUUUCCCGCUUCAGCGACUGCGGCCUUUUCACCGCCAUUCUCAGCUCUACCCUCGUCGAAAACACAAAGAGCCUCGACAUUGAGCCCAGCCUGGCUAUAAAGGUGAACAGGCGACUCCUAGACAUGUGCACCAGCUAUCUUACUAAGGAAAACUGCAGCUGCAAGGUUAAGGUUGACUUCAGCAGCAGCCACGGCUUGUUGGUGCUGGCGCAGAGCGUCAUAACCAGCAAACCCGCAUGCAUGCUGACACGCAGAGAAGCUCAACACAUCUGUUCGCGAGUGGUCCAGGCCUUCCUCAGGACUGUCCCCUGUGACACCCCAGGCCGUGUUUAUCUGGGGAAGGUUGUGACAGUUUCCGUGGAAGGCCAGCCUGUGGAGGAGUCAGCGGUGUUUCCCGGGUUGCUUGUGGACAUGCCCGAGAACCUGUGCCUCGCUGAUGUGGCGAAGCUGGGGCCGGGGCCGUUCAGGGUGGUGGUGUUCAACGCGUCGCUGGCUGGAGACCUGUCGGAGACAGAGGAGGGGGCGCUGGAGGUCGACGGCUCGGCCUGCCCAGAGGCAGCCGUGUUGGAGCAGCUGUUGAGACUCGGCGAGCAGGUAGUGGCGGACAAGGUGGAGCUGUUUGUGUGCCAGCGGGUAGUUCACCCUGUGCUACAGCAGUACCUCAAGAGACAUGGUGUGAUCGUGGUGGAGAGACUGGGAAUCAGUCUUCUGGAGCCACUUCUCCAAGUGACAGGUGCACAGGCAGUGGCCACGUUUCAGGCCCCUGUCCCAGUCCAGUCCUACGGACAAGUUACAGGUCUCGUUGUCCGGUGCUGUGGGAUGAAAGAGAUGCUCCAUCUACUCCCUGCUGGAGACAGCACACACUGCACCCUGAUGCUCUGCCACAGGAACGAGACCAUGCUGAACGAGUUCAGGGUGGUGUGUCAGAGAGCAGACCAUGUCCUGAGGCUGACUCUGAAGGAGCCAUACGCGCUGCUGGGAGGAGGAUGCACAGAAACACACCUGGCAGCUUACCUCAGACACAAGAGCGGCAGUGAUGUCUCCGGAGCCGUUUCAGACCUGGGCUGCUCACGCACUGACUACCUGCUAGCUACUGAUGGAUUCUGUCGCUCGCUGGAAUCCGUAGCAAGAGCACUGGAGCACGAUGGCAGGGAAAGUCUUGUUGACCUGUCCCAUGGCCAUCGCUGGGCUGUCCCGGGGGACAUGGAACCUAAAGCCACGUGGAAGGACGUGGUGGGGUCCUGUGGGUGUGGCCUGAUAUCCCCCAGCCAAGAUCUGGAGUGGGCUCCUCUCAGCGCGGGCUGUCCACCCUUCUCUCCUGUGAAAACUGUCAACAUAGCCACUCAGCCACAGGUGCUGGACUCAUUUCCAGCCAAGCGCAAUGCGCUUCAGGUGGCUGUGGAGACUGCAAAUCUCAUACUGGAUCUGAAGUAUAUUAUUCAGGAUGUAAAUUAA